UCACUAGUCUAUCCUUUUUCACGAGGAGCCGUCCGUACCGUAAGGACUCUAUGUAUCUUCGUCCCACACCGUGGCUGCUAUAGUUCCUCUUUGUGCUACCCCAAAAUAUCAAGCAGUUGGUUGGACACAAAAUGGGGGCGAUCUGCCUUCUUGCCAGCUUAGGAAAUCUUACAUUCGUUGCCUCAUCCACACCUCUAAUUGAAUCAUCGUUCGGUCGGAAGCAUUCGCAGGACCCAAGGACGGAGAGAUUCUUGGAAGCUUGUAAUCAUGGUACGCCCAACCAUUGGACAUUGGAUAGCGUAGAUGCAUGGACACCUUUGAAGAGGAGAUCUCCAAUCUUCCAACAUGAACAUCUAGUAGAUGGGGUCUCCGGCACAAAAUCCGGGCCUCGAGCAAAAGUGAAUGAGUGGGUCCUCCUCAACAAGCGGAAGCCUUUUUCCCUUUUCUCCUCCCUAAAUCCAUUUCUUAGAGAAAGUUCUGUCGAUUUAUUUAAGAGGAGCACUGGAUCCGAUCUUUCGCAUUCAUUUCGAGAAAGAGAAAAAGUAAGUGAGAAUAAUGAAGAAGGCAUGGAGAUAUGGAGAUGGUCACAAUGGCAUCAUUAGGAAGAUCGAGAAUGCUCUUCACUCUUGGCCAUCCCCGCAAGAACACACGCACCAAACGAUCGAAGCGGGAUCCUUUGCGUUGCCUUAUCUAAGUUGUCUUGGCCAAGCAUUUAUCAGAACCAUAGAAAAUUAAAAACAAAGACCAUGCUCACCCGUCCCAAGCAGCUCCUCACAACGUUUCUCGUGCUGUCCCUCCUUCGUAAGGUGGAUGCAUGUUCGUUUUCUCUUGAUUUCGCCUCUGGCACCACCCUGAUCACGGCUGGUUUGGAAAACUUCAACGUUGCUCCUGGUGCCUCCACUACUUGUGUUGUAUCUUGCGCGAGUGGGAGUGGAGCCACGUUGUACCUCAAGUAUGGAGGUUAUGCAAGUGUUCUCGAUCAUGAUGGACAGGGGUUUGCGGCUACGACUUGUGGUGUUAGCACUGCAAUCGCCAGCUCCUCGGAAGAGUAUACUCUUGGAUGGUCGCUCAAUGUUGCCAGCGCCUACACUGGCUUGAAACUGGAGUGUUCCUGUACUGCGGCUGGAGAUGGAGAUGAUCGAUUCUUGGGCGGCGCGUGCUUUUCAAGCUCAGCUACAGUGCAGGUCCUUGACAAGGGUAGUGUUCCAAUGAAGGAUGUAGCUGUGGGUGAUCGAGUGCUCACUGGUGAGAACCGUUACCAGCCAAUCUAUAGCUUUGGGCACAAGGAACAGGCCACCGAGCAACAGUUCUUGCAAAUUCACACAGACUUGGGUACUGCUCCCGUGGAGAUGACAGCGGACCACCUGGUCUUUGUGGUCAAGGGCAGUGGCACGCAGGAAGCUGUACGCGCCGACAGUGUCCGGGUGGGCGAUCGUCUUGCCACGGCGGCAGAGUCUUCCUCCCUUGGGCAUCUCGUGACAAAGGUUUCCUCUAUUCAAAAGAGAGGACUCUACAUGCCACUCACGUCUGACGGGACAAUCGUUGUGGACGGUAUCAAGACGUCUAGUUACGUGUCAAUUCAAGACCAAAGCCCCACCUUCGUUUCACUUCGGGCAUAUGUUGGAAACUUUUCAGAACAAAGAAUCUUCCACUGGUGGUUGUCUCCAUUGAGGAUGCUGUGCAUGGGGGUAUCAUCCAAGUUCUGCAUUCCAGAUGACUCCCGAGCUGAUCAAGACAUAUUGAGCUGGCUGCAGAUUGGUAGGAAAGUUCUUUUGUUUGGAGAUCAGCAAAGCUUCGUUGUGCAGGUGUUUGCGUUGGCUGCCCCGAUUGCUGUCCUGUUUGGGUUCUUCAACCUUGUCGAGCUGGUCUUUGGGCCGGCGCUGGCUCCAACGAUGCUGGCUGUGAUCGGAACAUGCAUGGCUUGGUUUGUCACUAGGAGGAGGACCGGGUCUCGUGCAGAAAAGAAGAAGAAACUGGCGUGAACUCCUAACAUAGGCGAGCGUAAAUGGUUGAAGCAAGACAGCAGUUGCUCUCGGUUUAUGAAUACCAACGACGGAAUAUCCACCAGCGAACUGACCGUUCUUGUUUCUUCGCGAUUCCACAUGCUCACAUGUGUCUGCAAACUCAAUACACUACGUACUGACACGAAAGAAGUGUACGUCUACACAACUAGCUAGGAGGCUGCCUCAAGUCUAAAU